AUGUACAUACAUACACAUGUACGUACAUACACACAAACACACACACACACAGACACAUGUACACACACAUGUACACACACGUACAUACACGCAGACACAUGUACAGAUACACACAUGUACAUACACACAGACACCAGCCCCCCCCAUAAAAAGUUGCAGUACUUCGUUGUUCACUCACAGAUCCGGGUAUUGCACCAUAAGGGGAGGCAGAGAGCACAGCACACACUCCUUGCUUUGCUUUUUCUGCGCUCAGCUAUUGAGCAGUCUGACGGCUCCCAGUGCCAAUGACAGAUCUGGCCUGAGCUCCAAGCCUGCUCAGCAAGACGGCCCUGGGGGACACACUCGCCCCCACCAUAAUUUCCACUCACCAUUGGCAAGCAGGCGAGUGGAAAUUUAAAGCCCUGAGUUAAAACA